CCAAAAAAAGAAGUCCAAACCACAACCCUCACCUCUUCCUCCCCUUCUGCCGUCGCCCGUCGCCGCCAGCGCCACCGCCGCCUCCUCCCGCCGCCCUCGGUCUCCGAUGGCCGACGCACCGGAGCAGCCUACGCCAGACCCGCCCACACCGCCGCAGGAGGCCAUCCAAAGGCCUAAGAAAAAUAAGAAAGGCCGCAGGAAGAAACCGAAGAAAGCCGCCGCCGCCACUGCCGCCCCGUCCUCCUCUGGCGCCACCAUGGUCGAGGACCCCUUCCUCGUCCUCGCCGGCGGCAAGGAAGGAGGGUUCCUGGAGCUGGAGGAGAUCGACGGGGCCGACUUCGGGAUCUUCGGGAGCGUCGUGGAGGACGUGGGAGGAAGUGAGAAGAAAGCGUGGAAUGACCAGAAGAAGAAGAGGAAGAAGAAACGCAAGCGAGGGGAUGCCAAGCGCUUGGAUGGCGAUGCAGGCGGCGAUGGUGAUGGUGAUGGCGAUUGUGCAGGCGAUUCGGUAGCUGAGAGCGAGGAGGAGGGUGAGAAGGGUGAGAAGAAAGGAAAGAGGAAGAAGAGGAACAAGAAGAAGAGGAAGGUGAAGGAUAAUGAUUCAGAGAGCAAGGAGGACGUUGCUGAUGACAAUGUGGAAGAUAUGCAAGAUGACAUUGAAAAUAUGGAACAAGACAACAAAGAGGAGGUGAAAUUGGGUGAGGAUGAACUUUAUGCGUGGCUAGAGCUAAGAUUGCAUCCCCUUCUUAUCAAGGCAAUGCACAGGCUUGGGUUCAAUGAACCAACACCUAUACAGAAGGCUUGCAUUCCUGCAGGGGCUCAUCAAGGCAAGGAUGUUAUUGGAGCAGCUGAGACAGGUUCUGGCAAGACACUUGCUUUUGGUCUCCCUAUUUUGCAGCGCCUUCUUGAAGAACGAGAGAAGACCACAAGAUUACAUGUAGAAGAUGAAAAAGCAGCGGAGGGAAGUUCUACAGGAGGCCCACUCAGAGCACUUAUUUUGACACCCACCAGAGAACUUGCCAAACAGGUCUGUGAUCAUCUAAAAGAAGCAGCUAAGUUCUUAGGAAUUCAUGUUGUUCCUAUUGUUGGUGGUUUAUCCAUGGAAAAGCAAGAACGACUUUUGAAAAAGAAACCUGAAAUUGUUGUUGGAACUCCAGGAAGACUAUGGGAGCUAAUGUCAUCAGGCAAUCAGCACUUAGUUGAGCUUCAUUCAUUGUCAUUCUUCGUGUUGGACGAGGCUGAUAGAAUGAUAGAGCGUGGUCAUUUUAAAGAAGUGCAAUCUAUAAUUGAGAUGCUUCCAUUAUCCAAUAGUUCUGAUGAGCAAACUGUAAAAGCCACGUCAAGCUGUGAAACUGUAGCAAAUUUGCAAAUAAAGAAGAGGCAAACCUUUGUCUUCUCGGCAACGCUUGCGCUUUCAGCUAAUUUUCGUAAGAAGUUGAAGCGUGGGCUUUCUACUUCAAAGACAGCGACGGCUGAUGAUCUUAGUUCUAUUGAAGCACUUUCAAAGCAGGCUGGUAUGAAACCUAAUGCAGAAAUAGUUGAUUUGACAAAUGCUUCGAUCUUGCCUGAGAAACUUGAAGAAUCAUUCAUCGAGUGUAGUGAUGAUGAUAAGGAUGCCAACCUUUAUUAUAUAUUGAGUGUUCAUGGGCAAGGCCGCACGAUAGUAUUUUGCACAUCGAUUUCCGCACUGCGCCACAUUUCUUCCUUAUUACGCACUCUUGGAAUAAAUGUCUUGACAAAUCAUGCUCAAAUGCAACAAAGGGCUCGCAUGAAGGCUGUGGAUCGUUUCCGUGAAGGUGAGAACUCCGUUUUGGUCGCGACUGAUGGUUUUGCAAGGGGCAUGGACUUUGAUAAUGUUCGAACUGUUAUCCAUUAUCAACUGCCACACUCAAGUGAUGUUUAUAUCCACAGGAGUGGAAGGACAGCGCGUAAAUCAUUGACUGGCUGCAGUAUUGCAUUAAUCUCCCCUGCCGACAAAGCCAAGUUUUACUCUCUUUGCAAGUCAUUUUCAAAGGAGAACCUGCAGCAGUUUCCUGUUGAUCAGGCCUACAUGCCUGCAAUAAUGAAUAGGCUCUCCCUUGCUCGGCAGAUUGACAAGAUAUCAAGUAAAAAUUCAAAGGAAAAUGCUAACAAAUCCUGGCUUCAGAGGAAUGCUGAAUCCAUGGGUUUGAUAUUGGAGGCUAGUGACAGUGAGGAAGAACGUGUACGGGGCCACAAGCAACGAAAGGCGACUUCGGCACAGCUCCAGAAACUUCAACAGGAUUUGAAUGAACUCUUGCAACAUCCCUUGCAGCCUAAGACAUUCUCACGCCGCUAUUUGGCUGGGGCUGGUAUUUCACCAUUGCUUCAAAAGCAACUAGAAGAGUUGUCCAAAAGGCAUGUAAACAGUAAUAGCAGUAAUGACAAUAAUAAAGGAUCGCGGUUUGUUAUGAUUGGCCAGGAUCGUGUGGAACCGUUGAAAGCUCUUCAAGAUUCUGGGCAAGAGAUUUGUGUGAACAUGGACAAGCAAAGGGAGAAGAGAAGACUUGCUGAGAAUUGGAGGCGAAAGAAACACGAAGAGAAGAAAAGCACACGAGAACAAAAGAGAAAGGACAGGAGAAGUGCUAAAGAGAGGGACUGAAUAAUAAAUGAAACACUGAAAGAGGAGGCAUGUAUUGUUUUGUUUGUCUCAGGGUUAGAAGGGGUAAAUGUGCUAGGCUGCUUCAUCAUCAGGCCACUUCCCACGAUUCCUUUCGAGAAUGCAUGCCUUCGCUGUUCAUUUUGACAUGAAAGAUGAUUGAAGAAUGUCAGUUGGAGGAAACGAGAUCGAGGCCGUGUAUUCCGUGUUUUGCAGUAGAAGAUAAGUUAGAACUGAGCCCUAGCAGAUAAUGAAAGCCGUACAAUUGACCCGUCUCUGUAACAUGUGUACGUUAUCACAGUUUAUCUUUGAGUGCUGAUAUGUUUUUGUUGUCCUGAGUGAGUUCACCCAGAUGUUAUAUGUGGUAGAAUUUUCAGGGCCUGUGCUAUUAUGGACCUUGACUUGAUUAGGUGUCUGUCUGUCCAGGUGUGCUCAAUGAAACAGAAGACUGUAACAGUA